ACACCCCGCUGGUCCUCGUGCGCGCGUUAAUUGCGCAGCUUCGACUUUAUGUCGUAUCUGAUGCGUCGCUGAACAUCAGCGUGAGUGAGAUUUCCACGCACGAAGUCACUCCGUUCAUCACUGUGGAUGCGCGUUUGUUCUCGCUAAGCUGGAGUCGCGCUGUGCUCAUGUGGCCGGGACCAGCCUCUCUGGAACGAAUCGCUCGGAUGGGCGCCUCGCCUCUGCAUUCAUUACCCAACACAAACCCGUUUGAUUUAAGCCUUCUCCGCAGCUGAAUACCGAGGCGCAUCCCAGCAGCCCGACUCCUCCACAUCUCCACUGGCCCUGCGGCUGAAAGACUGCGGCGGGAUGGCGUUCCGUGCCAAUCGGCUCUCCCUGGCUCUGUGGCUCGCCUUCAGCUUGCUCUUAGCCGAGAGCCGAAGAGGAAAGCAGCCGAGAUGCCCGCAGGGAUGCACUUGCACCAAAGACAACGCGCUGUGCGAGAACCUCCGAUCCGUUCCUCACAGCUUCCCACCAGACGUCGUCUCCUUAUCAUUCGUGAAGUCUGGGUUCAGCCAAAUUGCAGCGGGAAGCUUCCUGCACACGCCGUCCCUCCAGCUCCUCUUGUUUACAGCAAACUCGUUUGAGUCUAUUGAUGAAGAUGCAUUCCAGGGACUACCACAUCUGGAAUAUCUGUUUAUUGAAAACAACAAAAUCGAGUCAGUAUCACCUCAGGCCUUCAGAGGUCUGAAAUCCCUGUUACAUCUGAGCCUUGCCUAUAAUAACCUUGAGACAUUACCCAAAGAUGUUCUCAAAGGAAUGGAUGCCUUAACAAAAGUGGAUCUUAGAGGAAACAUGUUCAACUGUGACUGUAAGCUGAAAUGGCUGAUCGAAUGGAUGUUUAAUACCAAUGCAACAGUGGACCAAAUAUACUGCAGCGGGCCUCCGCUUUAUCAGGGGAAGAAGAUCAAUGACCUGAUGCCACAGUCCUUUGACUGCAUAACGGCAGAGUUUGUCUCCAUCAAGACCCUGAGGUUUGAAUCCAUUUCCGUAGAGGCCUUCACCUUUGGGAAUGAUCAGUAUGCUGUGUUUGCUCAACCGUUUGCUGGAACAUGCAGUUUUAUGGAAUGGGAUCAUGUCAACAUGGAGUUUAGAGCCUACGACAGCAUUGAGAGCACUUCCACAGUGGUUUGCAAGCCGAUGCUCAUUGACAACCAGCUCUUUGUCAUCGUUGCCCAGCUUUUUGGCGGCUCGCACAUCUAUAAGCGGGACGUCUUGGCCAACAAAUUCAUCAAGAUCCAGGACAUCGACAUUCUGAAAAUCCGGAAGCCCAAUGACGUUGAGACGUUCCGGGUAGACAGCGAGUCAUUCUUUGUCAUUGCUGACAGCUCUAAAGCAGGAUCCACCACUGUGUACAAAUGGAACGGCAAUGGCUUCUACUCACAUCAGUCCCUGCACCCCUGGUAUCGGGACACGGAUGUCGAGUACAUGGAGAUUGGCGGCAAGUCUCACCUCAUACUGUCCAGCAGCUCACAGCGGCCUGUUGUCUACCAGUGGAGCAAAGGCCAGAAGCAGUUUGACCGGCAGACUGAUAUCCCUGACAUGGAAGACGUCUAUGCUGUCAAGCAUUUCAAGGCCAAGGAUGAGCUUUACAUCUGUCUGACCCAUUUCAUUGGUGACUCCAAGGUAAUGCGGUGGGACGACGGCAUGUUUACCGAAGUGCAGACCAUACCCUCUAGAGGCUCCAUGGUUUUCCAGCCCGUCGCCAUUGGCAACUGGCAGUAUGCCAUCCUUGGCAGUGACUACUCGCUUACCCAGGUCUAUCAGUGGGACUCCAAAAAGGGCAACUUUGUGAAUUUCCAAGAGCUGAACAUCCAGGCCCCGAGAGCUUUCUCCUUUGUGUCUAUUGACAACCGCGAAUUCCUGCUGGCCUCCAGCUUCAAAGGGAAGACUCAGAUUUAUGAGCACUUGAUGAUCGAUCUGAGUAACUAAAGUGGGCCACAGGACGUGUUCUUGAUAGGUAGGGCCAGGUAUUAGAACCAGUACCCCUUCCCCCCUCCUCUAGUUGCUUCCCUUGUUUGAUAUGAAGAAAUUCUUGAUCAUCUUAUAGCACUUCAUUAUUCAUCACUUCCUGUAGCCCACAAUAUGGACAAAAUGCUAUUAUUACACUAAUUAUACUGUGACAUCUUGCAAUAUCUAUAUUAAGUCAUUGGUGAAUCAAUGAUAGUUGAAGACUACUCCACAUUGUUUUGACCAAAAUAUAAACAAUUUUUUCUUUCUUUUUCCCUUUUUUCCUUCUUUUUUACCCUUUUUUAAGUAAAGUUUAUUUCGUAAUGCAUUUAUUGUGACAUAGGUCGAUCCAGUGAGCCUAUAAGUUAUAUUAAGUGUCUUUUUUUACGAUGGAGGAAUGAAUGAGGCUAUUCUAAAGUGGCGAAGCAACCAACCACGCAAACAACACACAAAACCUUACAGAGAUGGUGGAGUCUACAGUCCCGACGCCCACAGCUGCCAAGCCUAGCAGAAUACAAAAAAUAACCAUUCUGUGGUUUGAUUCUCGCUUUGUAUUGACUGGGAAUUAAUGUUAUAUACUUCAGUACAGCCCAGUGAUACCUACCCUGUUGUUUUUCAGCAAGGAAUAAUGUGUUUGUGAAUAGACCACGUCAGAUGAAUUUCAAUUGACGGAACCAAACAGGCCAAAACAUUUCGGUUGCGGGUGGGUGCGGAACAAAUACUUCCAAUUUUCUGUGGGAGUGGGUGGGCGCGGGAUGCAGUCUAGCAGGAUGUGGGGCAGAAAAAACAGUCCUGCUCAGACCUCUGCUGUAGGCCUCAAUCCAAAUCGCCCCCUUCCACCACACUCCUGUUCCAUGGUCCAUGUCGCCACACGCUCCUGAAGUCAUGACCUGAGCUGAAAGAGGAGCAGAGUUAUGUAAAUAAGCUCACUGUCAGAACUACCUGCAUUAUCUAGUCUGCUAAUGAUGCUUCCAGAUGAUCGCCUCUCUAGAAAUAUCCUUUGUGUCCUUCGCUAUUGUCACCCUCCUUUCUGCACUUUUCAGUUUUCCUCUUUUUACACCCUCCCUGCUAAACAACAGCCAUUGUUAAUGUAUUCUCUCGCUGCAAACACAUGCUAGUGGAACGUUUACUUUAGAGGUAUAAUAAAGCGGAAAAGUACAGGUCAAGUGAUUAACUGUUGACAUCAUAACAGACUCUCAAAUAAAAAUGUUUACAUUUUUACCGUAAUCUUAAGCAAGUUAGACAUUUUAUACAAAAAAAAGGACCGUCCACUUCACAGGAUUUCUCACGCUGGCUGUCCUGCCUUUAUAAUGGAAUUCAGUUUAGAAGGAUAAUCUUAAUGUUAUACAUUUACAUUUCGUGGUAUUCUGUGAUCGUUGCUUUAGAAAGAUGUUUUUUAGUUAUUUAAUUUCUUGUUUGUCACAGGUCUACUAAUAAACCCACUUCAAAAGAUUUUA